AUGACUGAUGGACCUCAGAAGAAGACGAGUCUAGGCUUUCAUCUCGCUGCCGGACUAGGCUCCGGCGUAGCAAGCGCUUUUCUAUUGCAGCCAGCCGACCUGCUCAAGACUCGUGUCCAACAAUCAAACGGAGGCUCCCUCCGCAAGGCUCUCAGAGAUGUUCUCAAUGGCCCGAACCCCGUUCGCCAGCUGUGGCGCGGGACCGCACCAUCCGUCAUUCGUACUGGUGCUGGAUCAGCUCUCUACUUUGGAUUGCUCAAUCAGAUGAGGGAGCAUGUGGCGAAAAUACCAGCCAUAAUUGCUACUCCCCCGGACCGCACAGCUUCAAGUUCUUCCGCCUUACCGAAACUUGGAAACGUCGCAAACCUCACCACGGGAGCACUUGCGCGGGUCGCCGCUGGCUUCAUGAUGAAUCCAGUCACUGUGCUCAAAGUCCGAUUUGAAUCAACCCACUACUCAUACACGUCUCUUGCGGGCGCAGCCCAAGGCAUUGUUCGUACAGAGGGACUCCGAGGAUUUUUUGCUGGUUUCGGAGCGACUGCGAUUCGCGAUGCGCCAUACGCUGGCUUAUAUGUCCUCAUAUAUGAACAGGCGAAACUUCGACUUGCAACAUUGUCCGCGGUGGUUGCAAUGCCGGAUGGAGAGACUGCGGCUCGCUCUAUGGGUAGCUCGGCGUCAAUCAACUUCAUGUCUGGAGUCGUGGCCGCGACGACUGCUACGACAUUGACGAACCCCUUCGAUGCCAUCAAGACCCGCUUGCAGAUUGCGCCUGGGAAGUAUCGUAACAUGGUGCAGGCCGCGAAGACCAUGAUGAAGGAAGAAGGAUUCCGGAGCAUGCUGAAUGGGCUCAGUCUGCGCAUUGGCCGGAAGGCCAUCAGCAGCGCGCUGACUUGGACCGUGUACGAAGAGCUCAUACGAAGGUCUAGGCUAGCAAUGUAA